GAUGCCGCCGCCGCCGCCGCCGCUCCCCGGAGCCCCCGAGCCGGCCCGGGAGGGCUCCCGCGACCCCUUCCGGAGCUCCGGGGGCUCCCGGGGGGGCUCCCGGGGAGGCUCCCGAGGGGGGUCCCGGGGGUCCCCGAGCCGCCCCCAGCGCUACCGGCGCCACCCCAAACCCCCGUACUCGUACCUGGCGCUGAUCGCCCUCGUCAUCCGCGCCGCCCCCGGCCGCCGCCUCAAGCUCGCCCAGAUCAUCCAGCAGCUGCGGAGCCUUUUCCCGUUUUUCGGGGGCGGGUACCAGGGCUGGAAGGAUUCCGUGCGCCACAACCUCUCCUCCAACCCCUGCUUCGCCAAGGUGCUCAAAGACCCCUCCAAGCCGCACUCCAAAGGCAACUUCUGGACCGUGGACGUGUCGCGCAUCCCUCCGGCGGCGCUGCGGCUGCAGAACACGGCGGUGGCGCGCGGCGCCGCGCCCUUCGCGCCCGACCUGGCGCCCUUCGUCAUUUCGGGCUGCCCCUACCCCCCGUCCCCUCCGGCCGCCCCCCAAAAUUCCGACUUCUCCAUCGCCUCGCUGCUGCGGGCGCCGGGAGAGCCCAAAAUGGCGGCGGCGGCUGAUCAAAAUCACCCCCAAAUUUGGGGCCAGCUGCCGACGUCCUACAGCGCCGGCGUGGCGCCCAACGCGGGUGGCGCCCAACGCGGUGGCGCCCAACGUGGGGCAACCCAACGCGCCGGCGCCCAACUUUACCCCAGUUUAAUCCCAGUCCCUCCCAGUCCAAUCCCAGUUUGUCCCAGUUCAUCCCAGGGGCGCCGCUCCGCGGCCCCGCCCGCCAUCUUGAGCGUGGCGCGGCACUUCCGGGUUCGCCUCGCUCACUUCCGGCGUCACCGGAAGCGGCGCGGUCGCCAUGGCGACGGCCCCGCCUGA